ACGAGCUUCAGUCUCAUUGCCCCCGUCAAGCCGUCGAGAUGAAAUCGUUUUUGCUGUGCUCUACCCUGUUCGCCGUGCUGCUGAUCGUCCAGGUCCAGGUCCAGGUGCGUGCCGACUGCGACGAGACAAAGAGCCCGGACGACAGCGACUUCAAGCACUUCUUCAAGAAUCUCGGCUGCAAGGUGAAGCAGGGUGCCGAGGAUGUGGCCGAGGCGGCCAAGCCCUACACCGACAAGAUCGGUGAGGGGGCCAAGGACUUUGGCAGCUCCGUUGCCCACAAGUACGACGAGCUGAAGCAUCGCCUCAGCGAUGACACCUCCUCGCCAAAGCCCCCGUCGGCGGUGCCUUAUGAUGCGCCCACCGAGAAGGUGCCCCUCGCACCCAUUGCGCCCUCCCACCCACCCGCUCUAUAGGAAACGCCACUGCAGCAGCGCACAUUUCUU